UCAAUGUAUCAUUUUCUUUGCCCCAAUAUUCUUUGUAAUACGAGACUUUAAGACUUGUGCUUGCUCAUUACCAUUUCCAUGGUUUCGGACGACCCAUUUUUAUAAUUGAGGAGAUCUACGGUUACGGAACGAGGGCGGACUCGCUUUCUGGAACCGUAGAAACUGGGUUCUGAAUUGCAGAGGAAAUAGGACAGAGAAGGAGAAUAAAAAGUGACAGAGCAGAGCAUAGAGCGAAGCUGUCUGUGGCAAGGAUGGCGGCAGAGAGCAGAUUGUGGAGAAAUGAAUCGUUGAGCCCCCUUAAUCUUGCUCUCAUAAGAAAUGAGGAGGAGGAGGAGGAGAGGGAGAGGGAGAGAAGGCCCCUAGUGUCUGUUUCCACCUCACAAUUUCGAGGACCCCUGCUUCCCACUGUGCGGAGGACCCCUCUUCCUCCACGUGAUUGGUAUUUUCCUUCUAAUAUUCGCCAGCCCCCUUUACACUCUCCCAUCCGCACCCACGACCUGUCCGGACAGUCUUCCGAUGACGAGGAGGAGGAGGAGGAGGCCCCAGCGGCGGUGGCGGAGACCGAGGCGGAAGCGGAUGCGGAGGCGGAGGCCCCUGAAUGCAAUCCCGAGUCUAAUCACAAUCUCCGCAUCAGUAACCAUUUGCGUUCAUCAACACUCGCCUCUUGCUCAUCAAUUAUACAAGGCUGUUACGGGCAGCUCAAUUUCAUGCUAGCUGUGACUUGCGUUUGCUGUGCGGCUUAUGCGUGGCUGAUGCAUAGUAGAGCGCAUGAAUUGGAGGAACGGCUCCGUGUAUACGAGCGCACAGAGGGAGAGGGAUGGUUAGCAACAACAGAAAUUUGGGCAGCGCUUGCGUCUACUAUGGUGGGAGUGUACUGGUUGAAAGACGUGCAGUGGUGGAGAAAGGAAGGGGAGGAGGAGGAGGAGGUGGCGCUGAAGAAACGAAUAGCGUACCGGGUGGAUGUGGUUUUUUCGGUUUAUCCAUACGCGAAGCUGCUGGCACUGCUGGGAGCGACGAUGAUGGUGAUAGGGAUGGGAGGAGUGGCGGUGUAUUUGGUGGAGAGUGAGAAUUUGGGAGAUGCUCUUUGGCUGUCGUGGUCGUUUGUUGCCGACUCAGGGAGCCACGCGGAGAGUGAAGGGACGGGGCCUAGGAUGGUGGCGGUGGCCAUCACCUCUGGAGGAAUGCUCAUAUUUGCCAUGAUGCUGGGCCUCGUCUCCGAUGCCAUUUCGGAAAAGGUAGAUUCCUUGCGCAAAGGCAAAAGUGAAGUUAUCGAACGCAAUCACAUUCUCAUACUCGGAUGGAGUGACAAAUUGGGCUCAUUACUCAAACAACUUGCCAUAGCUAAUCAAAGCUUAGGAGGGGGUGUUGUAGUUGUUCUUGCAGAGCGUGAUAAGGAAGAAAUGGAGCUUGAUAUUGCUAAGCUGGAAUUUGACUUCAUGGGUACUUCUGUUAUUUGUAGGAGUGGGAGUCCUCUCAUAAUGGCAGACUUGAAAAAGGUGUCAGUUUCAAAAGCUCGAGCCAUCAUUGUUCUUGCAACUGAUGGAAAUGCAGACCAGAGUGAUGCACAUGUAUUGAGAGUUGUCCUAAGUCUUAUUGGAGUUAAGGAGGGAUUGAGAGGUCAUGUGGUUGUAGAAAUGAGUGAUAUUGACAACGAGCAACUGGUUAAGCUUGUUGGGGGAGAUCUUGUGGAGACUGUUGUGGCGCAUGAUGUUAUUGGCCGCUUAAUGAUUCAAUGUGCUCUUCAACCAGGCUUGGCUCAGAUAUGGGAGGAUAUUCUUGGGUUUGAUGGUGCUGAAUUUUAUAUUAAAAGGUGGCCUCAAUUGGAUGGUAUGCGAUUUGAAGAUAUCUUGAUUUCCUUUCCAAAUGCAGUUCCUUGUGGAGUUAAACUGGGAGGCAGUGUUGGGAGGAUUAUAUUGAAUCCAGAUAAUGAUUUUGUGCUAAGAGAGGGAGAUGAAGUUCUGGUUGUUGCAGAGGAUGAUGAUACAUAUGCUCCUGGACCUCUUCCACAGGUACGAAGGGGCUUUCUACCUAAAGUUUUUAUUCCUCCGAAGUUUCCAGAGAAGAUUCUUUUCUGUGGCUGGCGUCGUGACAUUGAUGAUAUGAUUAUGGUUCUUGAGGCUCUGUUGGCACCGGACUCAGAGUUGUGGAUGUUUAAUGAGGUGCCUUUGGAAGACAGAGAAAAUAAGUUAUUUGAUGGUGGUCUUGAUCUAUCUGGGCUAGAAAAUAUUACACUUGUUCAUAGGAAGGGGAAUGCUGUUAUCCGCCGCCACCUUGAGAGUCUUCCACUAGAGACCUUUGAUUCAAUUUUAAUUCUUGCAGAUGAGUCUUUAGAAGGUUCAGUUGUACAUUCAGAUUCCCGAUCGCUUGCUACUCUCUUGCUGAUACGUGAUAUCCAGUCAAAGCGUCUUCCUUACAGAGAACCUAAGGUAACUCAGCUUCGUCAAGCAGGGUACUCUCAUAGUUCUUGGAUUCGUGAAAUGCAACAAGCUUCUGACAAGUCUAUUAUAAUAAGUGAAAUUUUGGAUUCUAGAACAAGAAAUCUUGUGUCAGUGUCUAAAAUUAGUGAUUAUGUACUAUCCAAUGAGCUUGUUAGUAUGGCAUUGGCCAUGGUAGCUGAGGACAAGCAGAUAAAUCGUGUACUGGAAGAGCUGUUUGCAGAAGAGGGCAAUGAAUUGUACAUAAGACCUGCAGAGUUUUAUAUCUAUGAUCAAGAAGAGCUGAAUUUUUAUGAAAUUAUGCUUCGUGGUCGGCAAAGAAAGGAAGUUGUGAUAGGUUAUCGUUUGGCUUCUGCUGAACGUGCAGUCAUCAACCCACCAGAUAAAGGUACAGGACAAAAGUGGUCACUAGGGGAUGUCUUCAUUGUCAUUUCUCAGGAAUGAAUUUGCCAAAUUAAAGCUAUAUGAUCAGGCACUCAAAGCAAACAACCAACCAUUUAAUCUUUUGAUGGACUAGUUGAAUAUUAUCCUCAUGAGGUACUCCAUAGAUCUAGUCAUCAAUACAUCUCACCUGAAAAAGGCUUUUCACGCAUUCAAACUUCAGAUUUUCUGCUGGCCAAAGCUUUAUCCAGGAUUUCAACGUUACAGAUAUCUCAUCCAAGGUAUUCUUGGUUGUUGUCAUUGAAUAGGCUCUUUGCUUCUAUUAAUUGAUAUUCUUACAUUGGCCUGGGAAUCUAGAAGGCAGAGUUAAGUGUCUUUCUUUUCAGGUGGCAGUUUGGAACCCCCAUAGUGAAUCGCACAUCUUCACACAAGGGUGGAGAUGUCAAAUUGAACCAUAACCGACUCAGUUUUGAUAGAAAUGGAAACAUCUUAUCAUUGUAUUAAAUUGAAGAAGAAGAUGUAUGCUAGAAUUGUUUCUCUCCCAUUACCUGUUGCCAAACCAAGGCACUCCAAGCAAGGCUUUUAUGAUUGGAUAAGCCACUGAGAUGGAUAUAUAUUGUUUAUUGAGAGGUCUUAAUAAUUUGAAAUCAAAUACUUGUUUUCAAUGAUUUGGCAGAAUUUUUUAAUUCUAUCGCAUUGGCCAUGGGCACGGUUGGCAAUGAUUUCUAUAAUUACGAUUUGGAUUUCUUGUCCUCCUUUUCAGGUGGCAGUAUGGAACCCCCCAUAUUCAUAAUGCGAAUCACACAUCUUCACGUAAGGAUGAAGAUGCCAAAUUGAACUAUAAUCAACUCAGUUUUGAUAAAAAAAUGGAAACAUCUUAUCAUUGUAUUUAAUUGAACAAGAAGUUGUAUACUAGAAUUGUUUCUCUCCCAUUACCUGUUGCCAAACCAACGCACAUUCCAAGCGAGCCUUUAUGAUUGGAUAAGCCACUGAAAUGGAUAAAUAUUGUUUAUUGAGAGAUCUUACUAAUUUGAAAUCAAAUACUUGUUUUCAAUGAUAUGGCAGAUUUUUUUAACUCUAUGCCUUUCGCCAUGGGCAUAGUCGGCAAUCAUUUCUACAAUUGCGAUCUAGAUUUCAGGGUUUCCAAUUUCCUGUAAUUAGGGAGAAUUUGAGGUUUGCAUUCUUCCUACUUAAUGCAAAAUCAAAUGAUACUUGUAAACAUCUUGUGACAGCUAUAUGGUAGAAACCAAAAUUUAAAGAUGUGCCAAA